CACAGAGGAUAGCAUGAUGUAACGCAGCUUCUAUGGAAUUUUAAAUAGGACUCUUCAAUCAUCGUUUAACUGAGAAGCUAUUCGGGAUCACCAACAUGCCAAAAAUAAAAGCAAAUCUUGUGUUUAGGAGGCAAUAGAUGAAAUCGUUUAACAAGACAAGCUGAAGCUGCCAGGGUUUUUUUCUUCCUCCCUCUCCCUCUGUUUCAUUGCAUUUGAGUCAAGGAUGUAGCAAGUGGAACAGAGAGGAAGAUUUGGGCAACUCAAGGAAACUGACCGUAGGUACAUAUGUGUUCUGUUGAGUAUCCCAAGUGACAAGGGUGGACAUUUAUCCUAUUUAUACUUUGUGAUAAGGACACAUGACAUUGAGAGCUAUGGAUGCAGCUGGGCCUGUCACAUUCUCCCAGGUCUUUGGACAGCAAUGUGAAGUCAUGGAGGCAGCUGUGAAAUCGCUGCAUACCUUGAACGACCAGAUCUCACAUUUUAUUGUGGCAAAGCCAUCAGCACUGGAGGAAGAUGAAGACGUUUUUCACCCAGCCGAAAAAGAAUCCUUAAAAAAGUCGAUGAUUAUCAUGAGACAACUUCUAGUUGAAGCACAGGCCAAAAUCCUGAAGAUGAUGGAAGAUAACAAGCAGCUGGCUCUGCGGAUAGAUGGGGCCAUUCAGUCCGCCAGUCAGGAGGUGACCAACCUGCGAGCCGAGCUGACAGCCACUAACCGGAGACUGGCUGAGCUGAACAGCGGCGACCCCUGUGUCAUGGAGAACAACCAGCACAACACGCAAGGUAUGGAGUAUGGCAAAAUGAAGCUGAGCAGAUCUGGAACACUUCAAAUGCAAGAAAAGUACACAAAUGGCUUGCUGCUAAGGGAAGAGGUGUCACAACUACAAGAUGAGGUUCACUUGCUCCGACAAAUGAAGGAAAUGUUAGCGAAAGACCUGGAAGAGUCACAUGAUAGCAGGUCUGCGGAAGUCCUUUCUGUGACGGAGCUAAAGGUGCAGCUAGUGCAGAAAGAACAAGAAUUGGAAAGAGCAAAAGAAGCACUUCAAGCUAUGAAAGCAGAUCGGAAGAGGUUAAAGGCAGAGAAAACGGACCUAGUAAGCCAAAUGGAACAGUUAUAUACAACCCUUGAGAGUCGCGAGGAACAGCUGCGGGACUUCAUCAGGAAUUAUGAGCAGCAUAGAAAGGAGAGUGAAGAUGCAGUAAAGGCUUUGGCAAAAGAGAAAGAUGUUUUAGAGAGAGAAAAGUGGGAGCUUCGGCGCCAAGCCAAGGAAGCAACGGACCAUGCAAGUUCUUUGCGGUCACAGCUGGAUUUAAAGGACAACCGAAUUAAGGAGCUUGAAGCUGAGCUUGCAAUGAUAACAAAGUGCUUUGUCCAGAGAAGGGAAUAUCGUGUUUUUGAUCACCUCUAUGAGAAGGAGCACUUUUCAAGAGGGAUAGCGGCAAAACAGUCCUUAGCGACACUUACAAAGGAUGUGCCCAAGCGCCACUCUCUAGCAAUGCCUGGGGAAACGGUGUUAAAUGGAAAUCAAGAGUGGGUAAUGCAUGCAGACCUCCCGCUGACUGCGGCAAUUCGACAAAGCCAGCAAACCCUGUACCACGGACAUCCACAGCAUACCACUGACCGGCAAGCUGUCAGAGUUAGUCCUUGCCAUUCCCGGCAACCCUCAGUAAUAUCUGACGCUUCAGCAGCAGAAGGAGACAGGUCUUCAACACCAAGUGACAUCAACUCCCCGAGACAUCGAACGCAUUCCCUCUGCAAUUCUUUAGAAGACCUUGAAGACCAAAAAAGGAAGAAGAAGAAAGAGAAGAUGGGCUUUGGAUCCAUAUCCAGAGUUUUUGCCAGGGGAAAGCAAAGGAAAUCUUUAGAUCCCGGCCUGUUUGAUGGUACCACACCCGACUAUUACAUUGAGGAGGAUGCAGACUGGUGAAGUGCCUGUUUACCCUGUAUGUACAUGUGAUGGAGUCACGAGAUGUGAGCCUUUUAUUUUGUAAUUGUUGUAUGAGGGGUUGAAGCUUGCGGCUCUCCAGCUGUUAUUGAACUACCGCUCUUGGGAGCCAAAAGAAAAACCCUCGGCUCUCAUAGCAUUCUGGGAGUUGUAGUUCAAGUGGAGAAGCUGGAGUUUGCAGGUUUGUGUUGUACAUAAGAGAAAGGAAUAUGUUCAGAUCUGUUUGUUUGUCUGUAUAUUUGAUGCAGUUGUGUUGGAUUUCAUUUUUUCUUUUUUUAAAGAAGGGUUUUGAUUUUGGGGAUCAGGGGAUUUUUUUUUUGUUUGUUUGUUUAAAAACUUGAAAAACUACUGUGUAUUUGUAAAUAACAUAAAAAGUGCACUUUGUGCUUGUAGUGUCUCUCGUCCAGAAAGCGGUUUUCCUGAGCCCAUAGUGUGAUGAUGCAUCCUGUUAUUUCAUAUGUUUUGCGUGACAUUAUCCUGUUUAAGGGGUGUGCCAGUGCUUUGUUUAAAAAAAAAAAAAAAAAGUUAAAAAAAAAAAGAUAUAAAUAUAUAUAUAUAUACAGAAUCUUUAUUCGGAAAAGGUCACUGCUUUUCCGGAUGAAGGGUUUAAUAACCUUUAAUGCCUGCCAGACAGAGUUUUUUUCUUUUGUUUGUAUUUUUUAAUUUAUUUGCAUAAAUGCACAAACUUGUUAUAUCUAAAUUAUAAAGUUAAAUGUUGAAGUUCUAUUUUUCCUAAAGGAUGAAGGGUAUGUUUAUAUCAUAUUGUUCUGUGGAGUGGCCGGCUCAAAGGCAGUGCAAGCGCAACCAAAUCCACUCCACCGCAUUUCAAUAUCCACUUGGUUACGUCUUCCAAUACACAAUUUCUAGCACAGUAUUUAUAAGGUAGCAGCCCACGCAGACGCACACAUUAUAUAGAGAUUUGUGGAUUUGCAUAAAGCCCUGUUUCUACAUGAAAAAUAAUACACAGUUUUAGGUAUUGGCCGCAGCCAAGAAUCCCCCCCCCCAUUUAAUUAGAGAAAUAGUUUAUUUUGCAAAAUGUAACCCCAAUUUCAUUAACGUAACGUUGCUCAGUUUAAAGGGGAAGUUGUGGACAGUAGCUGCCUUAAAGGAGAAGGAAAGCUUCACUUGACUUACCUGAAACCCCGGGCUGGUGCUCCUAUCAGCAGAAAACUGCACCGGCCGGGGGUUAUACCAGUGAGCACCACGGAGCGAUCCUCUUCCGCCGUCUUGUUUCUUUGCGAGGCUGCGCAUGUGCAUUAGAAUGAAAAGCUGAACUUUAACUAAAAAGUUGGCUAUUUUGUUCAACUGCGCAUGCGUUUGCCCUGGGAAAGCAGUUGAAGAAAGAAGAAGCCAGAAGAGGAGCGCUCCGUGGUGCUCACCGGUAUAAUCCUCGGCUGGUUCCGUUUUCUGCUGAUAGGAGCACCGGCCCGGGGUUUCAGGUCAAUACAAUCACUUUGGGUGACUAACUUUUGGCACCACCAAGUGCAAGACAGCUUUCCUUCUACUUUAAAGGAACAGUAACACCAAAGAAUAAGCAUUUUUAAGUAAUUUCUGGCUCUAAAGUUCUGGCUCUUUCUGAAAGCACAUGACCAGGCAAAAUGACCUGAGAUUUUAUGUUGUAGAGUGAAUUAUUGGCAGUGUAAACAGUGUCAUUUAGAUAUAAAAACGACAUCCUAAAAAUCCCUUUAAAUAAUAAGGCAUAUGCAGAAUACCCACGGUGCAACUAGUAUUAAGGUGGUAAAUGUGGAGAAGCACCUUCUAUCCAUGUUAAGUCCUUAUGCAAGUUGAGUUUGGAGGUACUGAGGUUUGUCAUAUGCGGGUACUGAGUUUGGUCAGAUGGAAAGUAGCCAAAAUGCAGAGCAAGUAGGGUGGACAUGGCAUGAAGAAAAGGUCUAGAACUAUAAAAUGACUAGGAUCACUACACUUUACAACUUCAUUUGAUUUGGGCUUAUUUUCUUCCUAAUCCCUCCCUAUAAGGGCAGAGACACACACUCAGAUCCAGGGAGAUUAGUUGCCGGCGACAAUUCUCCCCUUCUUCGGGCGACUAAUCUCCCCAAACUGCCUUCCUGGCGGCUAGAAUAAAAAUCGCUGGCGGUUAGAAUAAAAAUCGCUGGCGGUGUGGCACUCCGAGCCCUUUCACGAGGAAAGGCAGUUUGUGAGAUUAGUCGCCCCAAAGAAGAGGAGAUUCGUCGCCGGGUGACUAAUCUCCCCAAAUCUGACAUUUUCCAUUUUCAAGAGGCCUGGAAAAAAAAACCCCAUCUCAUUUACCUCUUACAAGAAACACUAUCGGGAUUUAUUUUUGUCCUGUGAUUUCCAUUCCAAUGUGGCAAUUUGUGGCCAAGCAGAAUAGACUGGCAGUUGCAUAAAUAGAUCUUUGUUGGG